UUUGUAAUGUUCCAUCAAUCAAUAAUUUACAAUCAAUCCAUCACCACUACGCAUGGUAUACUUUUGUUUACUUUUUUUGUGCGUGUUCUCGCUUUUUUCUGCUAAGAAUUAUAUAAAAUGAGUGUCGAAAAUUCGUUUAAGAAAAAUGGAAACAAGGAAUCAUUAAAAAAUGCGUUUUCUAAGGAGUCUGUAGCACCUGGUAUGAGUUGGAGAGAAUGGAAAUCGAAAAAGAAGGAGGAAUAUCGUAAAUGGAAGGAAGAAAAAAUGUUGAAGAAGCAAGCCAAAUUACAAUCAAAGGAAAAAGAAGAACCUAUAGAAGAAGAUAAAAUUGAAAAGCCUUGGUAUACAGUUAGCAUUGCAGUUCCAGGAUCGAUUAUGGAUAAUGCCCAAACUCCGAGUUUGAAAGCACAUUUAGUUGCUAAUAUUGCAAGAAGUGCAGCCAUUUAUCGAGUAAAUGAAAUUAUUGUGUACAGUGAAAGCAGUUUGGAAAGAUUUGAAGACACUGAUGAUAACUUGAAGUUACAUAAAAAGAAUCAUGGAUGCUUGCAGAUGGUUAGAAUUCUGCAGUUUUUGGAGUGUCCUCCGUAUCUACGAAAGUUUUACUUUCCUCUUCAUAAAGAUUUGGAGCAUACAGGUGAAAUACAUCCACUUCAACUUCCAUCACAUUUAUCAGUUAAUGAUGAGUCUGAGUAUCGUGAAGGGAUAGUUUUAAACAAGCCAGUUAAACAAGGCAAAGGAUCAUACAUAAAUAUAGGUUUGCAAAAGCCAGCUGUAAUAGACAAAAUUUUGAAGGAAAAUGUUCGAGUCACAGUCAAACUAGAUAAAGAACAGUUUUCAAAGAAGCAUUUUAAAGGUAAAGCUGUUUCUCCCACUGCACCUCUUAAGAAUGACAACAUUUACUGGGGUUACAGCGUACGUCUCGCAAAAAGUUUCAAUGCAAUAUUUUCAGAAAGUCCGUAUGCAGAAGGGUAUGAUGUCACUGUUGGAACUUCAGAUAAAGGUCAAAAUGUAGAUCGUGUAAAAAUUCCCAGAUUUAAUCACUUGCUGAUUGUAUUUGGAGGUUUGAAGGGUAUUGAAGCCUGUCUUGAAGACGAGUCUGUGGAAGUCGAUGAUCCUAAAGAGUUGUUUGACUAUUACCUCAAUGUGUGUCCCAUUCAAGGAACAAAAACAAUCAGAACUGAA